AAAGAUGCAAGAUUUUGAAACUUAUUAACAAAUUAUAAAAACGCUCAAUAGUUCAAUUAAAAUUAAAAUAAAUAACAUAUUGGUUUUAGGUUUUCGUACUUUUUCACGGGUUUGGAGUAAUCUAAUUGUAGUAUUAACUCUUUAGGUUGAAUUCGAAACAUUCCGUGUUGUGCAUUUUAUAUGAUCGGUUCGAUUCUUGCAUUUUUCUCGUUGUUUUCAUCAGUCAUGGCCGCUAACAAGGAACGUACAUUUAUCAUGGUCAAGCCAGACGGUGUUCAGCGGGGACUAGUUGGCAAAAUCAUCAAACGUUUUGAGCAAAAAGGCUUCAAGCUAGUUGCUCUCAAGUUUAUGUGGCCGGACAAGGCCUUACUUGAAAAGCACUAUGCUGAUCUCUCAGCUCGUCCAUUUUUUCCUGGGUUGGUCAGCUACAUGAGCUCUGGGCCAGUUGUUCCAAUGGUCUGGGAAGGACUGAAUGUAGUUAAAACAGGGCGUCAAAUUCUGGGUGCUACCAAUCCAGCUGACUCGGCUCCUGGUACAAUUCGAGGAGAUCUCUGCAUUCAGGUUGGUCGCAACAUUAUUCAUGGAUCGGAUGCCGUAGAAUCUGCAAAUAAGGAAAUCGCUCUAUGGUUCACGGAUAAGGAGCUGGUUUCGUGGACUCCCGCCAAUGAAGGAUGGGUGUACGAAUGAGUUAUCACAUUCUAAUUCAAUUAUGAAGCAAACAUCGUGAAAUUAGUGCCGGAUGUUGGAAAAAAUGAACAAUAAAAUGCAAGAUCGAUAGAACAAAGUAAUGUUCUAGAAAAAUAA